AUGGCUGAAAAUUCUCAUCCUGAAGCUGCUCCUGGUUUUGGUCAGCCUAGCUCUGGCAACACCCAGAAGGCUAUUCCUGACCAUGAAGGCGCUCGCACUUCCGGCAACGACUUGACCUGUCCCAGUACUACCAAAGCUGAACCAAAUGCCCAACAGAACGGUAGUUCUACUCCUCCCGCAGAUGCUGCCGCAACUGCCCCAGAUACACGGGUUUACAUCAUUCCCAAGUUCAGUACUUCUACCGAGAAAGAGAUCCGAACUUUGAUGAACCGUGUCCGCUCGAUCCAGGAUGGUAGCACAUUCACCGAGGAAGACACCAUGAAGCUGGCAGCACUCACCACAAACUUGGUUGAAAUUAUGAAUGCAGAAUACAUUGCCAAAGACACUAUUGUACGUGCUGUUGCUUACAUGAGAGGGGAAACCCAUCUUUCAGCUCGGCGUGCUCUAGGCCAAGCACAGAGAGAUCGUCGAGCUUCUCGUCGCAACCGCAACAGUGGAAACAGUGGACAACCAUCUCAAGACAAGAUCCAGCAGAGUAACAAAGGAGAACCACAGAACACCGGUGCCAAACCCAUUGACGACGUCAAGAGCAUGCACCCAAAUAUUGGAACAACCGAUCCGUCUCCGGCCAGCCUAAAAGCUGCAGCUUUGCCAUCAGACACAAGCCAUGAGGGGAAGCCGGUCGGCAACGCCACAAAUUCUGAGAAAGACGACACUCUUCCCGUCAGAGAAGCUCAGUCUGUCAAUUCGGCCGCGCAUCCUGCAAAGGGGAAAAAGAAGCGGCAAUGGAGGGCACGCCGACAAAAUGGGAGACAUGCGGCCGAUCACAGUGAGGCCAGAAAUGGAGCUGCUGCUGGUGUCGAAAAUGGUGCAAUGGGUACUGACAAGGAUGAUGCAGUGGCUGCAGUCAAGAACGGGAAGGUGGCUCCAGUUGAAGUCGAACCCGAGUCACACAGCAACCCCACUGACAAGGCCAAAGUUUUGGAGAGCAAGGAUAAUCCAUCUCAUAAGGAGACUAACAAGGCAUUUGCUACCCAAGCUUGA